GAUUCAACCUCGAACAAAGUUGAACAUCACGUAUAUGUGUGACUAGUGGACCAGAGCACUCGUACGAGUUGUUCCUUGUGCACCAACGUCACCUUCCUUCUUGCAACUGUGCUGCACCCCCCGGAGGAACGUUUUCAGCCUUUUUAGGGCUGCGCUUCGAUCUGUUUCUCGGCUACCGGAAGGGUCGCGUGCGAUAGCUUCGCCAUGUCGACACCCCCUCCUGCAGAAGCCCCGGCUCCUCCAGCCGAGGCCCGUGUCGAGAAACCAGAAGACAGCGUUAAUGGCGGGCAAGAUGAGAUUCCACCACCGACCGAGGCCCAAGAGGCUCAUGACUCCCCGUCGCCUUCAAACUCCGCCUCCGAGGGCGAGUACUCGGGUUCCAACGGCUCUGGCCCGGACGACGCCGAAACAGCAAACAAGAAUACCAAUGAGACACAACCACCGCUUCCCAACGAGCCGUUACCAGGCCAAGACAGCACGGCGCCCCCGCUACCAAACGAACCCCUCCCCGCCGACCCCGCCGCGCCGCCUCUCCCCGCGGAACCCGUACCCGAGCCGGAAGACGACGGCUGGGAGUUCCACUGGAACCCCAACGACCAGAGCUAUUGGUUCUACAACCGCUUCACUGGCGUCUGGCAGCAGGAAAACCCGCGGGUCCCCAGCGGCCACGAUCCAGCAACAACAACUACUACUACAACUACUACCACCGCCACGUCCUCCACCAACGGCAAAACCAUGCUCAGCAACCCAGCCUCGGUCGCAGGCGGCUACAACCCGGCCAUACACGGCGACUACGACGAAAACGCGUGGUACGCGCAGAACCUGCGCGCGGCCCCUCCCACCACCACCACCUCCUUCGCCGACCCCUCCUACUACCAGCAAGAAGGAGGCGAGUACUACGCCACGGCGGGCAUGUUCAACCGGCGCACGGGCGCGUGGCAGGCGCCCGACCAGGGCCCGGAGCGGUACUCGGAGGAGGCCAAGGCGCGGCGGCAGCUGCGCGCCUUCUACGACGUCGACGCGGCCGCCAACGACAUGCACGACGGCCGCAGCCUCAAGGCCGAGCGCGCCGGCAAGAAGCCCACCCGCGCCGCGCUGAAGGCGUUCAAGGAGCGGCGGCGGGCGAAGAAAGAGGAGAAGAGGCGGGCCUGGUUGAGGGAUUGAUCUUUUUUUCCCCUCCUUUACUUUUUGGUUCCCUCUUCGCCGUUCACUUGGUAUCAUCCUUGGGCGGGAAGGGGAUGGGGGCUGGUUGCUUAAGGAGGGGUGUGGGAGUUGUUUGAAGCGUGCGGUGCAGCGGGAACGGUAAGCCUGCGGUGGCUUUCGUCGCGGUUGUUGUGCUUUGAGGGGUG